GUUCUCUGCAGGCAGAAGCGCCAGAAGGAGGCUGGACCUAGUACUACUAUAGUACUACUAUAGAUUAUACUAAAUAGUAGUUUGUCUUUCCCCAAAUUAACCUGGAACAUAUCAACGCUAGUAUGCUACCCCCAGGGCUACCUGGCCACCUAGCUACAUCAACCUCGAAACGAUUUGGCUACUACCUACCCCCGUCCAUCAGUUCGAAUUAAUUCACACUGAACCGAGAAACUUCAAAGAACUCCAAUUGCAAUUAUGGCAGAUCAGAUCGAAAAAGUGUACGAAGAAGCCAUUAAGACAAGGCUUCUACCCGGAGUCUCGCUUAUUGCAGGGGAUAAAGAUGGCAAUAUCAUCUAUUCCAAGUCUUUCGGAAGACUGUCAUCGAAAGAAGACCGUGACCUCCCCUUUACGGAAGACACGGUCUGCGCAAUCGCUUCGAUGACCAAGCUGAUGACCGCUGUAGCCUCACUACGGGCUGUCGAGGAGAAACUACUGGAUCUGGACACAGAUACUCGGCCUCUGCUACCAGAGAUGGGAAAAUAUGGCAUCAUAACCGGCUUUGACGAUGAUAAGGGCGAGGGUACGUUUGUACCUGACUCCACGCCCAUCACCCUCAGGAUGCUUCUCUCGCAUACGUCUGGACACGAGUAUGACUGGCUACAUCCUCUGCUUGGUAAAUGGCGGGCCUCGCGUAACGAGAUCCCUUACGGAGGACCGACCGUAGAGCACAAAGCUGUUCUGCCCCUCACGUUCAAGCCCGGCACAGGGUUCGCCUAUGGCCUCGGGAACGACUGGGCAGGUAAACUGAUCGAGGUGACGAGUGGGCUGAGUCUCGAGGAUUACAUGCAUUCUCGCAUCUGGAAACCGUUGGGGAUAGAGAACGACAUCUCGUUCUGGCCUAACACAAAAGAAAGCAUGCGAGAUAGAAGGGCCGAUAUGAGCACACUGGAUGCAAAUGAGCAGCCGCCAGCCGUGGACGGAUCCUUCUUCGACCUAUCAUUUGGGACUAAAGAUUGUCUCGGCGGCGGCGGCCUACAUGCAUCCGGCAAGGCAUACUUUACGUUCCUGUCCGCGGUUAUGCGGCGCGACCCCAAGCUUCUCACCCCCGAAUCCUACACCGAGCUCUUCCGUCCCCAGCUCGACGAGCAAUGCGAGCAAGUUCUGAAUGACUAUAUUGCCCAAUCGCCCACGCACACGAACUUCCUAAGCCACAGGAUCCCGGCUUCCAUAAGAAAGACCUGGAGCUUCGCGGGGCUGAUAGCGAAAGAGGGCCAAGAAGGCCGGUUCGCGAAGGGAACUACGUUCUGGGCCGGAGUGGCGAAUACUGUAUGGUUUAUAGACCAUGAGACAGGCAUCUGCGGGUCGACGUUGUGCCAACUGAUACCCCCUUUGCACCCGCCGAUUCUAGAAUUGCAUGCGCAGUUUCAAAGGCAGAUUUUCGAGGAGGUUCGAAAGCGGUAGACUGUAUUCAUAUAGGCUCAUAGAUAUUGCCACGCCCUUAAAAGGCAACCCUUUAUAACCCAAUCACAUUACAUCCUGAUUGGUGAUAGUAGAAGAUAAGUCCAAUUUAAAAAAGGUCUGCGCAAAGGGUUAGGUAUAUUGGGGAGUGUUUU